CUGCCGUCCGCGCGCCGCUCGCUGACGGGACGCGGCGGCCCGGCUCGGUUUCGGCCCGCGGAGCGCUUGCUGCACGGCAGAAGCACUCCGUGCGCACGGCCGCCAUGUCUGCGCUGACGAAGGCCUCCGGCGCGCUCAAGUCGGUGGAUUACGAAGUGUUCGGACGAGUGCAAGGUGUUUGUUUCAGGAUGUACACAGAAGAGGAAGCUAGGAAAUUAGGAGUGGUUGGCUGGGUUAAAAAUACCAGACAAGGAACAGUGACGGGCCAAGUUCAGGGCCCAGAAGAUAAAGUAAAUGCAAUGAAAUUCUGGCACCAACUUUCUAUGCAAGGUCUCCUUUGUAUUGUUUUUCAGCUCUUCAGAACUUAAGAGACUGUGUGUGUGUGUGUGUGUGUGUGUGUGUAACUCUUAGAAACUGGGAGACCUUAAUGUUAAAAGAACACUUUUCCAGGGAAUACAGUACCUCAAUCAAUGUUGUAAGGUAUUUCCAGACAAUUUCCUAAUUCACAUAUUGGAACAGUGUGUUGUAAAUAUCUUUGUAGUCUGGUUUGUUCAGUGUGUCUUUGGGACAGGUAUUUUCACACUUGUACAUGUUUCUACAUUGAACUUUUAGGCACAAAGUUGCCUGAUUUUUUUUCAGAGGUGCGGCACUUUCACAGCUCAGGUGUUAAUAGUGGUAAAAUGAUUUGACUGUUGUUCCACCGAUGCUUACAUGUUAGUAUUGCUUUUAGGGGGAGGAAAGAGGAGUGGUUUGGUCUGUCAUAAACUUUUUAUUUUUUCAUGAUACUAUAAAAAGAAACAAGGACAUAGAUUAUAGAGAGAUUAGGGAUGAUCUUAAAAGAAGGAAGAAGGUAGAAAUAGCAAGAAGGGAGGGAGAGAAGAAGGAUAAGAGCUUGAGAGAAAGAUAAAGGAAAAGCGUAAAUAUAUGGGGAAAAACACAACGAGACACUUGGAUACCCCAGCCUUUGUUCUGGGGGCAGAAAUGCAGCAGACCUCAAACCCAACUGUUUCCCAGUAGUUGUCCUUUGUUCCUGAUAUUUUGAUCCUUCUUAUUCUGUUUUGUACUGCUCCUUGAAUUCUGAGGCACAGUUAGGAAACAUUCAGCACAGGCUCAAAGCAGUGCCUCUGCAUGGUUUUUAUGCAGGCCAUAACAUAAAAUAUGGUCUGGGAGGAAUUGAGGGCAGUCCUGGGGAUCUAAUUAAAGCCUUAGUGCAGUGUGUAUGUCAGGCUUAGAUGGAAGGUGUGAAGUAGAUAGGAAAAAGAACAUGUCAGGGAAGAUGUGUUCUGAAGAUUAUUUGUACAGGUAAGUGGUAGGAAGUACACAACACCUGCAGGUAUUGGGAACCUGCUGCUGGAGAUUCAAAGUUCAACUUUGCUGCUUUGAUACUCCUUUAUAUGUGGUCAGUUUUCUCUAUAAAAAUGUGUCCAACGUUUUGUAAAAUAUGUUCAUGAAAGAGGUUACACGUGUGGUUUUUAUAGACCAAAUAAUGAUUAAGAAAGGGGCUUAUAGAUAGCACAGGGAAGGUGAGAAUCCCCUGGAAGCAGUGACACUGGUACAUUGGUUCUGUGCUGGGGAAGCCUACCAAAAACACUUUGCUUAAAUGGGUAACUUGACUGCAGGGGCUGACUUGGUCCUCUGGUUGGUGGGUUUAUUGUCAGUUGAAUACAAAUGUGGCUGGUCUUUAUUAACUGUAAGAAAAAAAAUCCUGCCUUUUUUAACGGUAAGGAGCCAAAUACAAUGUUGUGUGUUAGGACUGAGAAACUAGAUGUAGGAAGGCAGCCACUAUCUGUGUAUCUGCUGCUGCAGGUGCCUGGUGAUGGCAGCGUUCCUUCUGCACGCAGAGUAGGGUUUGUUAAUGCAAGGCUUGGUUUCUUUUCAUCCUGCCAGAGAAGCUAAUCGACCUUUAUCUGAACCAGCUGUUGUUUCUUAGGCAGUGUGCUGUAGCCUGGAUUUUGUCCUGAAUCAUAAAAGUAAUUGUUUCAUUGCAAACAAUGUAUGAUUAUGAUAAAUUGUGAAAAUGAUGUGCAAACCAGAGUUUGCCCUGGAACAUGUAACAGCUUAGCAGGGAUGUUCUGACUGUGCAAAAGUAAGUGGAAGAUGGCAUGAAUAUGGAAGGUUGGGGCAUAAGGAGUGUCGUACGUGCAAGAAGUUUCAUUCCAUAUUGGUCUGUUCACUUAGUGUUGAGUGUGGAUAUAAAUAUUUUUGUUGAAUUCAGUGUGAGCAGGCGAAUUUCUUUGCUAUAUUCUAUGGUGAGA